AAAUGUAUAUAAUCCUUAAACAAAGUUUAAUUCAGAAUAAAGAACAACAAUAAGACAGUUUGGUGAUAUAAGCAAAGCAAGAAACUCUGUUCUUAUUUCCUUUUGUUUACUUUCUUUUAUCUUUUUUGUUGUGCUCAUGAUGUAAGCUGCCGUACAGAAUACACGUACAUAGCCUUCAACUACCACAUUUUUUAGCUAAGUCUUCUCUCUAAUAAUUAGAAUCUGAAUCAGAGGGUAUAUUCGCGUUCGUUUUUGUAAUAUUCUUUAAAUCUCAUUCUCUUAAUUUUUGGAUGAUGGAAGAUGCUGUAAGCUGCAGUAGCAGAGGAUUGUUGGAGUUGUCACAGAGUCGUACUCGAAGGAGAAGGGAAAAAGUCGAAGUCUUUCAAGAAGUUCUUCGAAGAUUGAAGGAGUCGAAUGAUGAAGAAAUGAAUCAACCUGGUUUUGAGGACGAGUUAUGGGCUCAUUUCACUAAGCUUCCACUUCGGUAUGCAUUGGAUGUGAAUAUUGAGAGAGCACAAGAUGUUGUCAUGCACAAGAACUUGUUGCAAAUGGCACAUUAUCAGAAUCCCGCGCCAGCAGUUGAAGUCCACCUAGUGCAGAUUCAUCGAAUAACUGAUGGAAAUCCAGGGGAUUCAGUUCAUUCCACUUUCUCAAAAAGGGGAGGUGCACAAGGUACUGAUCACCAUGGCAGCAUGCAUCCUCCACCUGCCUUUGGUUUGUCACCAAGCACAGAGCUCGCAUUAGGAGCCAAUAAAUUAUAUAUUCAAGAUGGAAAUAGUGCUGUGAGGGGAAAUCCACAGUUAUUUUGGCCUUCGUAUGAAAUAACGAUUUCAACACUUGACAAGCCCAAGCUCCUCACUCGGUUGACUUCUUUACUUUCUGAGAUUGGGCUGAACAUUCAAGAAGCUCAUGCUUUCUCCACAAAAGAUGGUUACUCCUUGGAUGUCUUUGUGGUUGAUGGUUGGGGAAAUGAGGAAACUGACCAGCUAAGAACUGCCCUGGUGAAGGAAAUUUCAAAUAUGGAGAAACAGCCUGGGUUAAAUCAAGACCUUUUGCAGUCUGCGUUAAAUCAAGACCGUUUGUCCCCUAAAAUGAAGCUUGUACAAACCAGUAUUAACUUCACUGUGAACCAUUUGGAUAAACCGAGCAAUGGGAAUGAAGCAUGGGAAAUAGACAAUGCACUGCUGAAAUAUGACUACAAAAUUGCAACUGGCUCAACUGGUGAUUUAUAUAAAGGUUCAUUCCAUAGCCAGGAAGUGGCUAUUAAGGUUCUCAAGUCUGAGCGCCUAAAUGAAGAUGUGCAAAAAGAUUUUGCCCAAGAAAUUUAUAUAUUAAGGAAAGUCCGCCAUAAGAAUGUUGUGCAAUUUAUUGGUGCAUGUACGGAACAUCCACACUUAUGUAUAAUCACAGAAUUUAUGUCCGGUGGAAGUCUGUACGAUUUUCUGCAUAAAAAGAAAGGGUUUUUCGGGUUUCCAGCAUUACUCAAGGUUGCAAUUGAUCUUUCAAAGGGUAUGAGCUAUCUGCACCAAAAUAGCAUAAUCCACAGAGACCUGAAGACUGCCAAUCUCUUGAUGGAUGAAAAUCAAGUUGUGAAGGUUGCUGAUUUUGGUGUUGCUCGAGUGCAAGUUCAGUCUGGUGUCAUGACUGCAGAAACAGGAACAUAUCGUUGGAUGGCUCCAGAGGUUAUUGGACAUAGGCCGUAUGAUCGUAAAGCUGAUGUUUUCAGCUUUGGGAUUGUUUUGUGGGAACUGCUAACAGGAAAGCUUCCUUACGAGUUCUUGACCCCAUUACAAGCUGCAGUGGCUGUGGUCCAGAAGGGUCUGAGGCCAACAAUUCCCACGCACACUCAUCCAAUGUUGGUGGAAUUGCUCGAGAGAUGCUGGCAACAAGACCCCUGCUUAAGACCUGAAUUUUCUGACAUUCUUGAGAUCUUGCAAGACAUGGCCAAAAAGAUAGUUGAAGAAGAGAAAAGUAGCAAAAGAAGAAGCCUUGGAUAACCAUAUCAGCUCAUGUAUGCUUUGUGAUUGAAGAAGCGGGGAAGCUUGAUGCAUGACACGCAUUUUACUUAGGAUUUUAGUUAUAUACACUGUUACUACUAUCAGUGUACUUUAACUGUGAACCUGUGAUAGUAAGUUAGUUACCAUUAUUACCAGGUUAUAAAUUGAUGUUUAUCAUUGAGAUUAACCUGUAAGUACCCUUAUAAGUGACCUGAUUAUAUAGUGUAAAUAUUUCUACACUU